CUAAUUUGGGAUAAACUUACAAGAUUUCAUAUUCAAUCUCAGAACAGCUUACCCGAAUCGACAGAAUGGUUCUUAGCACAAUGAAUGCCUUGGUGGUGGAGGUGCCAGAGAAUGGUUCCAAGCCUGAGCUCAUUAAAAAACGAAUCUCGCCGCCAAUGCUUGAACCUCACGAAGCCCUGGUCAAGGUUGCAACUGUAGCACAGAACCCAACGGAUGUCCAGGCUUUUGACCUAAACCUUUUCGGCAACGGCGCUGUGCUUGGUUGUGACUUUGCAGGCAAAGUCGAGCGUCUUGGUAAAGAAGUCUCUAAAAUUGCAGAGGGCGAUACGAUCGCUGGCCUUCUCUGGGGUGGCGAAGUCAAAGGUCUAGGAGCAUUUAGUGAAUACACGAAGGCCCAUGAAAGUAUCUGCUUCCGAGUGCCUAAGAAUGUUUCACUCCGAGAGGCUGCCACUGUACCGCUAGCGUCUUUGACGGCUUGGCUUGCCUUCUUUUCGAAAGAUAGUCUCAAUAUUGACCGCACCCAAUCGGACACUGUUGUGUUGAUUUGGGGCGGAAGCUCGAGCGUUGGGCAAUACGCCAUUCAGAUUGCAGCAAUCUUUGGGUUCAAGAUUGUCACAACUUGCAGUCCUCACAGUUUCGACCUUGUCAGGUCACUUGGAGCAUCCCACGUAUUCGAUUAUAACGAUUCUGAUGUGGUGAAAUCGAUCAAGGAUACCGCACCUGGUUUGCGAUAUGUGUUCGACACCAUUGGCAACAAAAUGUCUUCCACAACCGCAUCCCAAGCCAUUGAUGAGACUGGCGGCACCCUCACUACUGUCAGGCCUGAUAAGAGCCUCACUGAGAAUGUGACGAAGCAGACCAAAGUCACACCCGUGCUUGUCUGGACCGCUUUCAACAGAGUUAUCCAGUACAAGAAGGCUCAAUUUCCUGCAAGCGAAGACGAUCACAAGCUCGGUGCCGAAUUCAAUGAGAAACUCCCUGUGUGGAUUGAGGAGGGCAAGAUCAAGCCUAACAAACCAAAAGUUAUCCCUGGUGGGCUGGACGCUGUUGCGCAAGGGUUUCAGGAGUAUCGGGAUGGCAAGAUUUCUGGUUACAAGCUCGUGUAUGAACUCUGAUUUGCUUCUGACUCUCGGGAAUGAAUAAGUUUCUCAUGUCGAUAGAGUAUAGACAUAGUCAUUAGCAUGUAAGCAAAUGGUUCCUAGGAGCUGAGAUCGUGAAAUAAAU